AUGGUGGACAAUUGGGUAGAUAACAAUGAAUCUACACAAUUUGAUGAUGACGAUGUGUUUGUUGACAACACUCAACAAGAAAUCAAUGAGGAACCAACACAAAAGAGAAAAAGAGUAGGGAAAACAAGGUCCGAUUUUUGGAAAUCAUUUGAGAAGAUUUUUAUUGAUGGAGUUCGGCAUGGAAAGUGCAAAUGGUGCGAGAGGGUUCUCAAAGCCGACGGGAAUAAUACCGGUACGUCUAGCUUAAAUAAGCAUGCAAAGAAUUGUAAACAAAACCCCGAGAAUUUGAAAAACCAACAAACAUUACAAUUUAAAAAAGAACCAACCGGGGAGGGUAGUGUUAGCACUUGGAAACAUGACGACAAACGAAUUAAAAAGGCUAUGUUGAAUUUGUUUGUAGUGGGUGGUCUACCUUUUAAAUUUGUAGAAAAUGAGGCCUUUAUUGAAUACACAAACGCACUAAACGGGAAGGUGGUUGUACCUUGUCGAACAACAAUUUCAAAAAAAGUGUCACUUUAUUAUCAAGAAGAAAGAAAUAAGUUGGUAAUAUUCUUAUGUAAUCCACUUAACAUGGUUCAUUUGACCACCGAUUGUUGGACAAGUCCAAGUAAAAGGGUGCAUUAUAUUGUCAUUACCGCACACUUUAUUGAUGAUAAUUGGGAGAUGCACAAAAGGAUAAUCAACUUUAAAGAAUUAGAUAGUCAACGGGGGGAAGAUAUCGGAAAAGAAGUGUUGAAAUGUAUUCAAGGGUGGGGUAUUAAAAAUAUCAUGACUUGUACGGUUGAUAAUGCAAGUUCUAAUGACAAAGCAAUAGAGUUUCUAAAAAACAAAUUACCAAACUUGUACAAUGAAGGAAAACACUUUCACAUUAGGUGUAUGGCACACAUUAUCAAUCUAAUUGUGAGAGACGGGAUGAAUAAAAUUGACGAGAGUGUUAAAUGUUUGCAAGACGCCGUAAGAUAUAUUAGAAAGUCCACACAACGGAUUGCUCUAUUUAAAAAGUGCAUGAAAGCCGUCGGGGUGGAAUCAACCAAAUUUUUGUGCAACGAUUGUCCCACUCGUUGGAACUCAACUUACGACUUAUUGAAGAUCGCGGUGGAUUUAGAAAAAGCUUUCUAUGAGUAUGAAAUGGAAGAUCGUUCCUUUGCACGAGAUGUGGUAACCCCCGUGAGUGAAGAUUUUGUAACUUGUCGAGCAAUGGUCUCUUUUCUUGAGAAGUUCAAGGUGAAAACAGAAUUGGUGUCGACGACUUCAAAACCAUUGGCAAAUCGGUUUUUUAGAGAAGUAUGUGGCAUUUACAAACAUAUACGGGUUUGGUCAAAAAACAAACGAUUUUAUUCAAUUGGGAAGGAUAUGAUAGACAAAUAUGAGAAGUAUUGGGGAGAUUUUGAAAUUUGA